AUCUCCCUAGCUCUGAAUAAGUCUUCAUGCUGGUUCGAUACUCCACAAUUUAUAUCACAGUGCAAUAUUCAAUCGGCUUUCAAUUCAAUUGCACUAUUCAUAAAUUAUACUCACGGAUUAACGAAAAAAUUCUUUCUAAAUGAAAUUAAUUGCCAAUUAAAAAACAGCUGUUCUUAUUUUAAUCUUACUAAUCGGCUAACCGAUAUUAAUGAACUUAAUUGAGAGUUUCCAAAGAGGAGUUAAACUGUCCGUACUUUCAUUGAAGAGGACUCAAUGAAGGAUUUCAAUGAAGAAUUUCAUUGAAGAGGCAUAAGACUAGAAGAAUCCUCGCUAUUUGAAACAUCACAGCGCACAAUAUCGAUACGUAAAAAUUUACUUACCUCAAACUCGCAUUGGCCUUGAUUCGCACCUGUUCGAACAUUUCUGAAGACAAUUCAUCUAUUCUUGUCACGUGUGAGACACUUCAAGACUGCGAAUUCAGAUUGGAAUCCAUGAAAAUGGAAAUAUCGACCCGAGUUGUACGCGUCGGUCGAUAAAAUGUUCCCGCCAAUACUCACACCGACAUCGUUCAUACACGAGUUCCCGAUGUUCAAAGCGGCCGGACCAAUGGCGGUGCUGGGACACGCGUCACGUGACCUACAUGAUACCAUCGAUACGGCUACGCGGGAACGUAGCUCGCCAAUUGGUUGUGGACGAACAUUUACUCGCUUUCACGGCGCACGUAUCGCCUCGUUGGAGCCUCGAUGAGACGCUCUAUGCGUAAAAACUUGUUCCGGCGCGCGACGCAGCACAGUGAGUUAGCCGGCAUCGAUUCGGUGGUACGUGACGCGCGGAAAGACAUCACGUAAAAUUAACGAUGCCGGUCCACGUGUCCAACGGGCUCGACGGCAAGACCGACUGUUAUCUCAUUUUGGAAGAUGGCAGUGUUUUCUUGGGGAAACGCUUCGGCGCCAAUUCGCUUCGAAAUCCUGUCGACGGUGAACUCGUUUUCCAGACUGGCAUGAUUGGUUAUCCGGAGUCACUCACGGAUCCUUCUUAUCACGCUCAAAUUUUGGUGCUUACAUACCCGCUCAUAGGAAAUUAUGGUAUCUUCGGUGAUGAAAGGGACGAAUAUGGUUUGCCAUAUUGGUUCGAAUCUCAUCGCAUUUGGGUUGCUGGACUCGUGGUUAGCGAAGUUUGCGAGAAGCCAAGCCAUUGGCGUCAAACUAAGACGUUAUCCGAAUGGAUGAAGGAACAAGACAUACCCGGAAUAUGUGAAAUUGACACACGAGCAUUGACGAAAGCUAUUCGCAAUACGGGGGGCACAGUGUUGGGCAGGAUAGUUUACGGUCAGCCACCUUCGGACAUUACUCCAAGUAUUGCCUCGAAACUAUAUUAUAGGCUAGAUUCCAUAGAAGACCCUAACAAUAAAAAUCUUGUAGAGGAGGUUUCCCAGCCGGAGCCAAAAUCAUACAAUUUGAACGGAUAUCCCCGGAUAUGCGUAGUCGACUUCGGAUUGAAGUACAACCAAUUGAGAUGCCUAUUGAGACGCGGUGCUCGCGUAGACGUCGUACCAUGGAACUAUAAUUUAUGUACUCUCGAAUUUGACGGUUUAUUUCUCAGCAAUGGUCCAGGCGAUCCAAGCAUAUGCUAUAAGGCUAUAGAAAAUUUAACUGAAUUCCUAAAUGAAGAGUUCAACAAAAAGGAAGAAGAGAAGAAAAAACCCAUCUUUGGCAUUUGCUUUGGGCAUCAAAUAUUGUGUUUGGCCGCUAUUGACUUAAAUUGCCAUACGUAUAAAAUGGACUACGGUAAUCGAGGCCACAAUCAACCGGUAUGCCUUCCCAAUACCAGGCGUACUUUUAUGACCUCGCAGAAUCACGGAUUCUGUGUCAAUAUGUGCAAUAGCGAUCCGAAAUACUGGAACACGCUCUUCACUAAUCUCAAUGACAACAGCAACGAAGGUGUGCACCAUCUUGAACUGCCGUACUUUUCCGUUCAAUUUCACCCAGAACACACAGCGGGUCCGCAGGAUCUCGAAUGUCUCUUCGACGUGUUCCUUGAAAAUGUGAAGGACGAGAUCGACGGUCGCCCUCGGAUCCCGGUAGGAAAAAGGAUCUGUCAAAAACUGACACAUUUUCCCGAUCCGAUAAUAAACGACCGUGAUGACAACAAUAAAUGGCCGAAAAAGGUGUUGAUUUUGGGCUCAGGUGGGCUGAGCAUCGGCCAGGCCGGAGAAUUUGACUAUUCAGGCUCGCAAGCGAUAAAAGCCUUAAAGGAAGAGAAAAUACAGACUCUAUUGAUUAAUCCCAACAUCGCCACGGUGCAGACAUCCAAGGGAAUGGCCGAUAAGGUGUAUUUCUUGCCGAUCACACCGGAAUACGUCGAGCAGGUGAUACGAUCGGAGAGGCCUGACGGAGUACUGUUGACAUUCGGCGGACAAACCGCUCUCAACUGCGGCGUGGAACUUGAGAAAAAAGGCGUGUUUGCGAGAUACAAUAUCAAAAUCCUGGGAACACCGAUAGAAUCUAUCAUACAGACCGAGGACAGGAAGAUGUUCGCGGAACGCAUCGGCGAGAUAAACGAAAGAGUUGCGCCGAGUGCUGCCGUGUAUUCCAUUCAAGAGGCAUUAGAUGCCGCGGAUCUACUGGGCUAUCCUGUCAUGGCGCGCGCUGCAUUUUCACUCGGUGGUUUAGGAUCAGGAUUCGCGAAUACGAAGGACGAAUUGAGAACAUUGGCCCAGCAGGCUUUGGCACACUCGAGCCAACUGAUAAUCGACAAGUCCUUGAAAGGCUGGAAAGAGGUAGAGUACGAGGUUGUUCGCGACGCAUGCGACAACUGCCUCACGGUGUGCAACAUGGAGAACGUUGACCCCCUCGGCAUCCACACCGGCGAGUCGAUCGUUGUUGCACCGAGUCAGACGCUGUCGAAUAAAGAGUACAACAUGUUGCGGACCACCGCCAUCAAAGUCAUCAGGCAUUUCGGCAUUAUCGGGGAAUGCAAUAUUCAAUAUGCUCUAAACCCCCAUUCCGAAGAGUACUACAUCAUCGAGGUGAACGCCAGGUUAUCCAGAAGCUCGGCCUUAGCCAGCAAAGCCACCGGGUAUCCUUUGGCUUACGUGGCCGCCAAACUGGCGCUCGGAAUAACUUUGCCACUCAUUCGGAAUUCCGUCACUGGACAGACGACGGCUUGCUUUGAACCCAGUCUCGAUUAUUGCGUGGUCAAAAUCCCAAGAUGGGACCUCAGCAAAUUUCAUCGUGUCUGCACUACGAUCGGCAGUUCCAUGAAGAGUGUAGGAGAAGUAAUGGCAAUCGGUCGCAAGUUCGAAGAGGCCUUUCAGAAGGCGUUGAGGAUGGUCGACGAGAACGUGAACGGCUUCGACCCUUAUGUGAAACCAGUCAACGAUGAGGAACUGGAGAAGCCGACCGACAAGAGGAUGUUCGUGCUCGCCGCUUCGAUCAAGGCCGGUUAUACGAUCGACCGGCUGUACGAGCUCACCAAGAUAGACCGCUGGUUCCUUCAGAAGAUGAAGAACAUCAUCGACUAUUAUACGAUUCUGGAAAAUGCCGACCACACGAAGCUCCUGCACAACAUACUGCUGGGCGCGAAGAAAAUCGGCUUCUCGGACAAACAGAUCGCCGCUGUAGUGAAGAGUUCGGAAUUGGCCGUCAGAUUGCAAAGGCAAGAGCACGGCAUACUGCCGAUGGUCAAGCAGAUCGAUACGGUGGCUGCGGAAUGGCCGGCCAGUACGAACUAUCUCUAUCUAACGUACAAUGGCAUUGCUCAUGAUGUGAAUUUUCGUGGAGGAUACAUGAUGGUGAUAGGUUCCGGAGUGUAUAGAAUCGGUAGUUCAGUGGAAUUCGACUGGUGUGCCGUGAGUUGCCUGCGCGAACUGCGAAAUCUCGGGCGCAAGACCAUCAUGGUGAAUUACAACCCAGAGACUGUUAGCACAGACUACGAUAUAAGCGACAGAUUGUAUUUCGAGGAGAUCUCCUUCGAGGUAGUGAUGGAUAUAUACGAGUAUGAGUGUCCUGAAGGUAUAAUAUUGUCCAUGGGUGGACAGCUACCCAACAAUAUUGCCAUGGAUCUGCAUAGACAGCAGGCACGAAUCCUCGGAACCUCACCGGAGUCGGUCGAUGGCGCCGAAAAUCGCUUCAAGUUCUCCCGUAUGCUCGACGGCAUUGGUAUAUCACAACCGAGAUGGAAAGAACUGACAAACUUGAAGUCCGCCAUUGAAUUCUGCGAAGAAGUGGGCUAUCCGUGCCUUGUUCGUCCGUCGUACGUGCUAAGCGGAGCCGCGAUGAAUGUCGCUUAUUCGCAUCAGGACCUCGAGUCUUAUUUGAAAAGCGCGAGCGAAGUGAACAAGGAACACCCGGUCGUAAUAUCGAAAUUCAUCCUCGAGGCAAAGGAGAUCGAUGUCGAUGCUGUGGCUUACGAAGGGAUCAUUCUAUGUAUGGCGGUGUCUGAACACGUGGAAAACGCUGGCGUUCAUUCCGGCGAUGCCACAUUGGUGACACCACCGCAGGACAUUAAUCUGGAGACUCUGAUAAAAAUAAAGAAUAUCUCCAAAGCGGUAGCUGCAUCCUUGGGAGUCACUGGCCCUUUCAACAUGCAGUUGAUUGCAAAGGAUAACGAGUUAAAGGUGAUCGAAUGCAACGUAAGAGUGUCGAGAUCUUUCCCUUUUGUCUCGAAAACUUUGGACUACGAUUUUGUUGCGAUGGCAACUCGCAUAAUCAUCGGGGAAAAGACGGAACCCGUAGAUGUUCUGGCUGGCUGCGGAAAAGUUGCAGUGAAAGUACCACAAUUCUCUUUUUCUCGUCUCGCCGGUGCUGACGUGACGCUGGGUGUCGAAAUGGUAUCUACUGGCGAAGUAGCUUGUUUCGGCGACAAUCGUUAUGAAGCUUACUUAAAAGGCAUGAUAAGCACCGGCUUUCACAUUCCUCAGAGAGGCAUUUUGCUUUCUAUAGGAAGUUUCAAACACAAAAUGGAAUUGCUGCCAUCUAUCAGAAGCCUGAAGAAGAUGGGUUACAAGCUAUAUGCCAGUAUGGGUACUGCCGACUUCUACACAGAGCAUGGGGUCGAGGUGGAACCGGUGCAAUGGACGUUCGAGAACAUCGGCAUGAACGAGGAUUCCAGUCCGAGCGAACUUCGGCAUCUCGCCGAUUUCCUUUCGAAGAAGCAAUUCGACCUUGUUAUCAAUCUGCCGAUGAGAAACGGCGGUGCCCGUCGCGUUUCCAAUUUCAUGACUCACGGUUACAGGACAAGGAGACUCGCGGUCGAUUAUUCCGUGCCUCUGGUCACGGAUGUGAAAUGCGCGAAAUUGCUGGUUGAGGCAAUGAGAAUGGUUGGUGAAAAAGCACCGCGUAUGAAAACGCACACCGACUGCAUAACGUCGCGCAGAUUGAUCAAGUUGCCCGGCUUGAUCGACGUGCAUGUGCAUACCCGUGAGCCAGGUGAUGUUUACAAAGAAGACUUCGCCUCCUGCACCGCGGCUGCACUCGCCGGCGGUAUCACGAUGAUCUUCGCUAUGCCGAACACUAAUCCGGCGGUGGUGGAUCAUCAGACUUUCGCUUUGGCCAAAGAGAAAGCUGCAGCUGGUGCACGAUGCGAUUAUGCACUAUUCGUCGGCGCCUCGUCGAAUAAUUACGAUGUUAUACCGGAAUUAGCGCCGCAGGUAGCCGGCCUGAAGAUGUAUCUGAACGAGACAUUCACCACGCUUCGUCUCAAUGAUGUCACCUCUUGGAUUAAGCAUUUCGAGAGCUGGCCGAAAAAAUACCCUUUGUGCGUGCACGCAGAGGGGCAAACGACAGCUGCGGUGCUUCUGCUGGCGAGUUUGCACAACAGACCGAUCCACGUGUGCCACGUGGCGCGCAAAGAAGAGGUGGAGAUUAUACGCGCCGCCAAGGAGCAUGGAUUGGCAGUCACGUGCGAGGUAUGCCCGCAUCAUUUGUUCCUCUGCCAGGAUGACUUGGAAAAGAUAGGUAGUGGGAAAGGCCAGGUGAGACCUAUUCUGGGAACGAAGGAGGAUCAACAGGCUCUCUGGGACAAUCUGGACAUAAUUGAUUGCUUCGCAACCGACCACGCUCCGCACACCGUGAGAGAAAAGUCGUCCGAGAAUCCACCGCCAGGAUUCCCCGGGCUGGAGACCAUGCUGCCGCUGUUGCUCACCGCUGUGAAGAAAGGGAAGCUGACCAUAGAGACUAUUGUCGACAAGCUCUACCGAAAUCCCAAAAGGAUCUUCAACAUUCCCGACCAACCAAACACGUACAUCGAAGUCGACAUGGACGACGGGUGGGUUAUCCCAGAGGCAAUGCCGUUCAGUAAAUCGGAAUGGACACCUUUUUGGGGUAAAUGGUGCCAGGGUUCCGUGCACAGAGUGGUCCUGAGAGGUGAGGUAGCCUACGUCGAGGGACAAAUUCUGGUGAAUCCUGGAUUCGGUCAAGAUAUCAGGGAGGUUCAGCAUAAAAUGAAAGUUCCGCCGGUGAUACACGUACCGAUGGUAGACGCAGUCAGCAAACCGCUGUUCCUCCUGGAUGGCCUUUUGUCGCCGAAUUACGAGAAACACAACGCACGAGCCGAUUAUGUCGCUGAUUCGUCCGAAGAGCAACUGAAUGAAUCGUCUCUUCUGCAGCCAUUGUCGCACAAGUCGAACGUAUGCUUCGCGUUGGAUAUCGACGCGAAGGAACAUUCUAAAAUCCUGCUCUCCCAAAGGAAUAUCUCUCCGUUGCCAAUUAGCAGUGCCACCAAAUCCAAGAGUGACAGUAAUCCGAACCUCUUGAUGACCGCCACACCGGCUUCUGCCGUCCAUACAAACCUGGUCGGACAUCAUGUGCUUUCCGUGGAUAUUUUUAAUAAGGAAAUACUGAAAGAUUUAUUCUACCUCGCGGAACUCUUCCGUAAUGCCAUCAGGAAGGAGCGACCAUUGGAUCAUGUCCUGAGGGGCAAAAUUAUGGCUUCCAUCUUCUACGAAGUCAGUACGAGAACCUCGUGCAGCUUCGCCGCCGCGAUGCAACGGCUUGGUGGCCGCGUGAUACACAUGGAUGGUUCCACCUCGUCGGUUCAAAAGGGAGAAACGUUGGAAGAUACCGUAGCAGUUAUGGCAGGAUACGCGGAUGUGGUGGUACUUAGACAUCCAUUACCAAACGCAGUGGCGAGAGCCGCGCAGCACUGCAGGAAGCCGUUAUUGAACGCCGGUGACGGAAUCGGCGAGCACCCGACGCAAGCGUUGCUCGACAUUUUUACGAUACGAGAUGAAUUCGGGACCGUGAACGGCCUCACGAUCACGAUGGUGGGGGACUUGAAAAACGGCAGGACCGUUCACUCUCUGGCCAGGUUGCUGACUCUGUACAACGUGGAGCUUCGCUACGUGUGUCCACCUGGCCUCAACAUGCCGGAUCAGGUGACCAAUUACGUGGGCAAACGUGGAAUCCCGCAAGAGAAGUUCGCCACUUUGGAGGAGGCUUUGCCAGAGACCGACGUCCUUUAUAUGACGCGUAUUCAGCGCGAACGUUUCGCCACGCAAGAGGAAUAUAACCAGGUGUGCGGCCACUUCAUAGUCACUCCGCAAUUGAUGUCGCGCGCAAAGAGGAAGAUGACGGUGAUGCAUCCGCUGCCUCGAGUCUUCGAGAUAAGCACCGAGUUCGACACCGAUCCGAGAGCAGCUUACUUUCGUCAAGCCGAAAACGGGGUCUACGUGCGCAUGGCAUUGUUGGCCAUGGUCCUUGGACGCACUUGAUCUGACAAUGGUCACUUGUAGGUCAUGGCGCUUCCGCCGACUUGGCGAACAAGGUCAAUAACGCCCGCCAUCACAGACACACGUCCGCAAUUUCAAUCAGACUGUAAUACGCUCGUGAAAGAGCGUCGCCAAGUUGUAAAUUCUCUCGACAUUCCGAUUAAAGAGCUUAGCUCUUGAAUUUCCUAAAGAAAUUUACCGUGAACAAUACAGAUCUUAAUAAUGUAUUUUUAACUAACGAUAAAUAGAUUGGAACGAUAAAUGAAA